UAGAACGUCACAUGUUGUUUUUCCUCUCUUCUGUCCAGUCACUCAGUGAUAUGUGUUAUUUACUGUUGAACUGUUGCAGAUACCGAACGGCCAGCGCGCCGCUCAGAAUGGAGCAGUAGGCGCUGAUACGGACGGAGUUCCUUGCACUUUUAAAAACAGAACGCAUAAGUUGAAGAAAAAGUGAGAGUUCAAGACGCUACAAUGGCUAGUCCACCAACGACGACCGGACCUUUAUUUUCCAAUGCGAGCAUUAAUAAUAAUAAUAAGAUCGUUAAAAAAUGCGGGUACCUUAAGAAACAGAAGCACGGACACAAGCGGUUUUUCGUGCUGAAGGAGCAGAGCGAGGGUUUCCCUGCCAGACUGGAGUACUACGAGAACGAAAAGAAAUGGAAAAACAAGUCGGUUGCUAAAAGGGUUAUAGCCCUGGACUCCUGCCUGAAUAUCAACAAACGGGCAGACGCGAAACACAAACACCUGAUCGCCCUUUACACCAAGGACGAGUACUUCGCCGUGGCCGCUGACAACGAGCAGGAACAGGAAGACUGGUACGAAGUCCUGACUGAUCUAAUGAAUGAGGGGAGACCGUAUGACGGGUCCGCGUCUAAUUCGGCGUCUUCCCUGGUGGGAUUCGAGGAGGCGAACUACGGAAUGAUCACGCCUGCGACCGCGGUUUACAAAGAGGUAUGGCAAGUAAAUCUUAAAUCUAAAGGACUGGGUCAGAUAAAAAAUCUAACCGGGGUGUACAGACUGUGCCUAUCCAGCCGAACCAUUAGCUUUGUGAAGCUGAACUCUGAGGUCGCAGCUGUAAUUUUACAGCUUAUGAAUAUCAGGAGAUGCGGGCACUCCGACAGUUUCUUCUUCAUCGAGGUGGGCAGGUCUGCUUCCACCGGACCCGGGGAGUUGUGGAUGCAGGCAGAUGACUCAGUGGUGGCGCAAAACAUACACGAGACAAUUCUGGAGGCGAUGAAGGCCAUGAAGGAGCUGUCGGAGUUCCGGCCGCGAAGCAAGAGCCAGUCGUCCGGCACCAACCCCAUCUCCGUGCCCACGAGGCGGCACUUAAACAACCUGCCGCCCAGUCAGACCGGGCUGCUUCGGAGGUCGAGGACGGACAGCAUGGCGGCGACGUCCCCGGUCAGCAAGUUCACUUCCUGUCGGAUACGGACGGCCAGCGAGGGCGACAGCACGAUGGCGCGCCCGCUGUCCGUGAACGAGGGCUCGGUCAGUCCCGGCGCCCACCGGAACCUUCUGAACCGGUCCAACACCGUCACCGGCAGACCCUGCCGAUUGUUCGACUCUCUGCCGCUCCAGCACAGCAAAUCCAUGUCCAUGGCGGUGUCCCACUCCCCGCCGUCCGCGGUCAGCCCCGGCCACGGCUCCGGACCCGAGGCCAACGGCCACGCCCCCAAGGCCGCCCAGCGGCCGCCCAGCGACAGCGCCUCCGUCUCUGGGUCGCCCAGCGACGGCGGCUUCGCGUCGUGCGACGACUACGCGUCCAGUCCCGGUUACGCCCGGCACCACCUCGCCAACGGGAGCCGCACGCCCGAGUCGGUGGCCGACACGCCGCCCUCCCACGACGGCGGCGACCUGUACGGCUACAUGGUGAUGGAGAGGCUGAGCGGCGGCCUCCGGAGCCACCGGCUGACGUGCCGCGAGGAGGCGCUGGACUCCGCCAAGGCGUACAGGAAGCGCACGUACUCGCUCAACACCCCGCCCCAGCGCAGGGCCGUCACGCAGGUGUCGUCCACGUCGCUGGACGAGUACACGCUGAUGCGGGCCACGUACGCCGGCUCCCGGGCCACCUCCCCGAAAAUCGCCUACCCCGAGGACUACGGCGACGUGGAGAUCGGGUCUCUCAGGAGCUCGUCCAGCAACCUGGGCGACGACGGGUACAUGCCCAUGACGCCGGGCGCGUCCUCCAUGGGCAGCAGGAGCGAAGACUACGUGCCCAUGAGCCCCAUGUGCGUCUCGGCGCCGAAGCAGAUCAUCAAGCCCCGCUCGCACCCGGAGGUGGCGACGGGGGGCGGGUCCAGGACGGACUCCCUGAGCAGCGGCUCCCUGGAGGACAGCGGCUACGUGAGGAUGUGGUGCAGCUCCGGCGCCGGGGCGGAGGGGAACCUGGCCGACGGUGAGUACAUGAGCAUGUCGCCGGGCGAGCCCUGCGUCUCGCUCACGCCUCCGGAGUCGCUGUCCGGCUCGCCGUCCGCGGAGCCCUCCCGCUCGCCCCAGUCCUUCAACUCGCUGCCGCGCUCGUACAAGACGCAGGCGCCGCGGGGCGAGGACGCCGACCAGUACGUGAUGAUGAACCCGCAGGGCAGGAGGGGCCCGGCGGAGGAGCCCCGCUCCUGCGGCGCGGCGUCCCCGGGUCCCGCCGGGGCCCCGAACGGCUCGGCGGCGAUGCCCGUCAGAGGGAGCCGAAAGGAGCCUCUGCUCUCCAGGCUGAGAGCCAGCCGGCCGACACGACUGUCCCUGGACUCCGUGAGGACGUUACCCAGCAUGCACGAGGACCCCCUGCCCGCUGAGCCAAAGAGCCCCGGGGAGUACAUCAACAUAGAUUUCGGGGACCCCUCCCGCGUCUCCCCGCUGUCCUCGCUGGGGUCCGCUGGCCAGCUGUCUGACUACAUGAACAUGACGCUGAAUGUCAACGGCCUCCCCAGGCCGGGGAGUGCCACGGCCGGGCCUCUCGACGGGCGGUCCGAACUGUCAGCCGUGGGGUACGCCACGGCACCGGCCGACCCUGCGCGGCGUCUCGCUACCGCGAGUAGCGAUUACGCGGAGAUGGACCUUGGUGGCACCUCCCAGCGGGUGGCCUCGCGCGGCACAGAGGGUAGCCAGAUGGUUAGCCCUGCCGGUGGGCCACAGAGACCCGCCAUGCCGGAACAGGGCCUGUGCGGCCUGGAGGCCUUCCUGCUUCCAGCCUCCACCACGCAUCCGGACUGGGGGGCCAAGGUGAUCCGGGCCGACCCCCAGGGGCGCAGGCGGCACAGCUCUGAGACCUUCUCCUCCACCACCACCGUCACGCCCGUCUGCCCGUCCUUCGCCCACGACCCCAAGAGGCACGGCUCCGCCUCGGUGGAGAACGUCUCGGUCCGGAACGGCGAGGCCUCGGACCAGGAGUCCGGGAGCCCCAUGUGCCGCCAGACGUCGGCCGGCUUUCAGAACGGACUCAACUACAUCGCCUUAAACCUGAUGGACGGGAACCUGGGCACCUGCGAGAGCCAGGCCAGACUCAAGGCCGCCAGUCACUGCAAGAGCAGCAUCAACGGAAUCCACGGCACUCCUUACGUCAGCCUGGGGUUCAAGGAGACGGUCACCACUGUUAAAGAUUAAAGGGCAGCCCGGAUUGGACCGCGUUCGCCUGCGUGCGGUCGCUCGGUCGUCCCUGAGAGGAGGGGAAGUGCAGGCAGCGGGAUCCAGUGCGGCUGCAGACGUCCUGGGCCACACUUCCAAGACCCGACCAGCCCCGCCCCGCCCCGCCCCACCGCCUCCAAUCAGGAAUCACAGCGCUGUUUCACUCUGUAUGUCCGCAAUCACACAGCUGUUCCGUGUAGAUGAACGCUGGUAGAACCUUAUGUUCCGUGUAGAUGACCACAGGUAGAACCGUAUGUUCAGUGUAGAUGACCACAGGUAGAACCGUAUGUUCAGUGUAGAUGACCACAGGUAGAACCGUAUGUUCAGUGUAGAUGACCACAGGUAGAACCGUAUGUUCAGUGUAGAUGACCACAGGUAGAACCGUAUGUUCAGUGUCGAUGACCACAGGUAGAACCGUAUGUUCAGUGUCGAUGAACGCAGGUAGAACUGUGUGCAUCUUUUGUUAUUUUUUUUGUAGUUCCGCACUUGCUUUGUUUGGGCUCUGGGCUGCAAGUGGCCAGUUAAACCUCAUUCAUAAACCUGUGAUACAGUCUGCUGCUUAUCGGUCAUACAGGUGACGUACGAGUGCACACACGCACACGCAUGCACACACACACACACACACGCAUGCACACACGCACACACACACACACACACACACACACACACACACACACACACACACACACACACACACACAAGGUAUACGUCUACGUGUCCUUCUGUGGGUGGAAUUACAGAAUACCUGUCGUUGCUUUAAGCCCUACCUCAGAGGAAACGCCAGGUUGUUAACAUGCAAACUCCACAUGUAAAUUAUUCCCGAAAUAUUCAAAGUUGAAUGUGUCAUAUUACCAAUCCAAAAGCCUUACUAACUUUUUAUCAUGGAAUAUUUCUACUAAAGAUGCUUGGUUUGGACCUACACAUGCAGGAUAUCACAGACGAACCGUACGUCAUGAAUGUUUCUCAGUGAUGUGUGAACCCUAGGUCACUUUCCUCACGGACAACUUCAGAAGUUGAGCUUGUACUAUAUUUAAGAUUUCUUUCAAAUAUUUAUUUUGAUAUGAUUAUUAAUUAUUACACGGAAGGUAACGAGGAAGACAUUCAUUACUAGAUAAAAAUUUAAUAUUUAUAUAAAUAUAUAUAUAUAUACAUAUUCAUAUGCAAAGGAGACUCUUAAGAGGCAAGGCAGAUCCGGGACGCAAGAAAGGAAUGGAGAUUCCCGAUGUGUCCCGAUGGCGCCUCUUCACCGGUGUUCAGAUGAAGCACCGGCAUUCAAAUCUAUGGCACGUUGAUACACUUUAACCUUUGACCUCAGUCACCCAUAAUCCUCUCCGGUGACUCCCCUGCACUCACGGCCAGCGCCGGUCCCUGCAUCCCCCCCUCCCCCACUGUGACCGUUGAGCCACUCUCCUCUGCGAUUGGCUGGAAAGGGCGCUCCGGCGAAUGGGGUGGAGCGGUGAAACUCACCGGUGCUGCUUUCAGGGAUGUUCGGGGACUUUCACCGCGGGGAGACUGGGACUCACUCAUCUGCACACCGUGGCAUGGUCUUGCACAACACCCGGAUCACACAGAAGACAGGUCUGAAUGUAGAGUCAGCGUUCACCACUGGAGAUGAACGGGGGAAAAAGAGGGAAAACGAGGGAGAACGACACGUAAAUCGGCGGAAAGAAUGAGUCUGAUCUCACUUCGCUCAAACAAUGCCCAAUGUUGUAAAUAGUGUACAAAGACAGAGUCUACAGACGAAACGAGUUGACGUUUUUUUUUGUUUUAUCAUCUAAACUAUCAUUUAUAACAUGUCAUUUUCUGCAAAUAUGCAUCCCCCCCCCCCCUCCCCAGAUCAGCUGAAGCGCUAAGAAAGGCCUGUCUGCUUAGUGCAGGUUUUGGGCCAGGAGGAGACUUGGUGCAGUCUGAUGGAAUGCCACUAAAAAAAACUUUCUCACAAUGUUGUAAAAAAUUUAAAGAAAAAAAAAUCCAAUACUUGAUAAGAGUAAAUCUUACUACAUAGGUACAAUUCACCAACAGCAUAUGCAAUAUUUACAUGAAAACCUAGUUUACAGAACGGAACCAAAUGUUAUAAAUAUUGUAUUUUGCUGAUUGUUUUCUUUCUGCCAGUUAUUGGACAGUUCUUCUGUUCCCCCCCGUCCUCUUCCUUUCCCCAAUCGGUUGAUCUGAUCAGUGUAUUCUUCCCGAGUCUGUAUCUAUUAUUUCUAAAUAUCAAAGGGUUAAAUACAAGGCCUGACUGAUCUGGCUGUGUCUUCCAUUGUCUAUACUUCAUAUACUGUUAACUGUGAUCCUAUAUAAAGCUGAUAAUUUAAACUAGCGUAGUAAAGUAUUGCUUUUUGUCUGUACUGAUUAUGGAUAGCACAUGCAAUAAAAGAUUAUUUAAGAAAGCACA